AUGACCGAUUCAGACCUCUCCAAUUUCAUUCACGAUCUCCGCACCAUCCUCACCGAGAUGCGCAAAAUACACAAUCCCCACGGCCUCCAAGCUGAAGUCAGACUUUGUGGCGCCAAAGGUAAUACCCCCUGUCACGACUUCCGACUCGGAGAUUCCUGCGGUCCCUUUCCUACCCUCGAUUCUUUCCAACAGCAUCUCCGCACCAACGCCUACGUGUCUUCUCCCCCCAACCCCACCACCGACCUCGACGUCCCGACUCAAAAAUGUCUCCUCGUCCAUACUCCCCCUCGCUCCAUCUUCUUCGCCCACGGUGAUCCCAAUCUCAACAAUAUUCUCAUCAAUCCGUUCUCCUUCCGCAUCAGCGAACUCGUAGAUUGUAUGCCGGGCGAUGCUUUCUGGAAAUCGCUUUUGCAGCGUGUGAUACCUGGGUUUGAGGAGGAGGUGAAGACGAAGAUAUGGCUAUGGGAUCGCUCCGAUCCAUUUUGA